CAAGCAGCUCCCCAAAGCAUGACACUCGAACAGUUCCAAAAGCAACAGAAAGAAAGGCAACAGCCACAACAGCAACAGCAACAGCAAGAGCUGCAACAGCAAACCGCUCCCAGGGUUAUGACAUUGGCAGACUUCCAAAAAAUGCAACAGCAGCAGCAAGAAGGGUCUGUCAAGAUUAUGAGUCUUGCGGAAUAUCAGCAGCAGCAGCGGCUAAGCGGGCAGCACCACAAGCCACAGCAGGAACAACAACAUCCACCGCAGCAACAGCCACAGCAACAGCAACAGCAACAUCAGCAAGAGCAACAACGACAGGAGGAACCCCAGCAGCAGCAGGAAGCAGAGCAAAGCCAACAACAGCAAAAGAACGAACCUCAGGAACAGGCAGGUGGCCUUCGCAGCUUGCCCGCUUGGCUUCCUGAAUGGCUUGUUUCCCCCAAGUCCGGCGGGGGUACUACCAGCAUCAGCACGACGACGACCACCACAACAGCAGUAAGUACAACGGCAGAUGUAAAAAAUGAGAUCCCCGGAGUAGCAAUAGCCGCUCCUGCCGUCCCUACACUUGGAACUCUGUUCUUCAAAGUAGCAUCCCACACCACAACUACAACAGCCCCUCCAACCACGCAUGCCGAUGGUUCCCAACAAACUGCCAUCGAUGCCCUAAGCCUCCUCCCGGUCCUGCCUUCAAUCCCUGACGAGUCUUUGCUAAACGAUCCUGAGUCGGCAGAUACUCAAAACAUGCCGGCAGUGACAGAGGGGGCACAAGCGAUCGCAGCCUCAAUACCCCUGGAGCAGCACAACGAGGUACCGUUACACCCAGACAGCUAUUCCUACAGCGGGCUUCUGCAACAAGACACCAGCCCAAUAUCGGGAAUCAGACGGCUGAUUGACUUGCCGCUUCCUACAGCAGCAGGAAGCCGCGAAUACCAAUACUAG